AUGGGCGUCGAGAGAAAGAUCAUCACCCGUGGAAACGGCUCUGACUCGCCUGCUUCGGGCGAUAAGGUCGCUAUCCACUACACAGGCUGGCUCUACGAUGCUAAGAAGGCCAACAAGGGCUUCCAGGGCAAGCAGUUUGAUAGCUCCAGGUCGCCCGGUCGUGGUCCUUUGAACGUUCAGAUUGGCGUUGGACAGGUCAUCAAGGGCUGGGAUGAGGGUGUCAUGCAGAUGACCCUGGGCGAGAAGUCCACCCUGACCAUUACCCCGGACUAUGGCUACGGUGACAAGUCAUCUGGCAAGAUCCCUGCAGGCUCUACUCUGAUUUUCGAGGUGGAGCUGCUCAAGAUCAACAACAAGAGCGCCUAA